GUCUUGUAUUCAUAGUUUCUAAAAAAAAGUAUUCAUCAUUCGAAAAAUUUCAGAGAACUUUUCGAUAUGAAUUUUUGGUUUUUAUUUACCAUUGUUAUGGUCACUUUAAUGCAACCUUUCGCUAAUGUAGCAAAGGCUCUACCGCAAGGCAUACCAGGUUUUCCAGAAAUGCCUGGUUUGCCUAGCUUUCCAAAAAUGCCAGAUUGGCAGAAAAUGCCUGCAUGGCGAAAAAUGCCAUUUAUGUUGGAAAUGCCAGAUAUGCCGUAAUAACCUAAAUGGACCCAACUACUGAAGA